AUGGCUCCGACGAACCUGCUCGCUGGCAAGACUGCCAUCAUUACGGGCGGAACCACGGGUAUCGGAAAAGCCAUUGCCCUUGAAUAUAUCAAGCAGGGGGCCAACGUUGUUGUGAACCACUUGGGCCUUGAGAAAGACCAAAUUCACCUCGAUGCUCUCAUUGUCGAUGCUGCUGCCGCAAAGCAAGAGAACCUCAACGCUGGCCGUCUGGCUGACCAGAUUGGCGACGUUCGCGAGCCCGAGACAGCUGCCAGGCUGGUUGCGCGCGCCGUCGAGCACUCGGGCAAUGGCCGUCUUGACAUUUGCGUCUCCAACGCCGGCAUCUGCACAUUCGCCGAGUUCCUCGAGCUUACCCCGGACCUCUUCACCAAGACGGUCCGUACCAACCUCGAUGGCGCCUUCUAUGUUGUCCAGGCCGCCGCUCGCCAGAUGAGCCAGCAGUCACCCGCGGGCGGUAGUGUUAUUGGAAUCUCGUCCAUUUCCGCCUUGGUCGGCGGCGGUCAGCAAACCCACUAUACUCCCACCAAAGCCGGUGUCCUCAGUCUGAUGCAGAGCACCGCCGUCGCGCUGGGCAAGUACAAGAUCCGCUGCAAUGCGUUGCUUCCCGGCACCAUCAAGACACAGCUCAACGAGGAGGACUUGGCAAAUGAUGCCAAGCGUGCGUAUACGGAAGGCCGCAUUCCCCUCGGCCGUACUGGUGUGCCGUCCGACCUCGCCGGACCAGCCGUCUUCCUGGCCUGCGAAUACCUCAGCGGAUACGUGACGGGCGCACAGCUGUUGGUUGACGGCGGCCUUUUUGUCAAUCUUCAAUAA